AAAGUAUCUGAUCCGCCUUUGGCCGCGCCGCCUGGUCAGUCCGGUCCGGUCCUCGCUCCUCAUUUGGUAGGAUUCAUUAGGGCAUCGGAGCACUGCCGGGAGCGGACAUGGAGAUGGACAUCCCAGCUCCCGAGGAGCUCGAAUGGCUCGAGACCAACGCUCUUUUCUCCGAAGAAGAAGAUUACACGGUGGUGGAAGAAGUCGCCGGAGGAGAUCAAGCAGAAGAUCUCACAGAGGUCUUUCGACGGAAAGCCUCAGAUCCACCCACAACAAUCGAGAUCCAGACCAGCAAGAAGCGGCCUCGAGAGAAGGAAGCGGCGGCGGCUUUGGAAGGGGUACUUGCUGACGAUGAAAGAGGGGUCAGGAGAAGAGCAUCGGGAGAUGAUAGCGAUGAGGAGUGGCUUCGGUACUCACCACCAAAGGAUGUGGCGGCGGCUGAUGCGACACCUGAGAGGGAUGUUGCAGUGCCGGAUGUUGCCGAGGAGAAGUUUAUUUCCCGAUUUGCUUCGGAGAUCGAGGGAGGGAGCAUGCCGGUGACCGGGCCCUGUGGAGACAGGGUUUAUGCUAAGAUGAGCUCGGGGGAGAUGGGUGGAACCCAGAGGAAGCUAAUACGAGAAAAGCCUGCUAAUUACCUUCUUUCAGAACCUAUCAGUAUAUUAAGCAGAAGAGUGGAGCAAGACGCUUUAGCAAAGGCUUUGCAAACAAGUUUUGACUCACCAAUACAUCAAACCCAUUCUACAAGUCAGACAGUCAAUGAACAACUUUGGGUAGAGAAAUAUGCUCCAAAGUCUUUCACAGAACUUCUUAGUGAUGAACAGACAAAUAGGGAGGUACUUUUAUGGUUGAAGCAAUGGGAUUCCUCUGUGUUUGGAUCCCAAAUUAGGGCUACCACUGAUGAUGUUUUAUCUGCUUUACGACGACAUUCUUCGGUUCAACAUCAGAAAUUUUCCAAUCUCAAAAGCUUCUUUGGCACAAAAAGGGGAGCUCUUUUCAGCAAUCAAAAUUUCAAAUCUUCAGAUGUUUUUGAUAGGGAAAAUAACAAUUUGAAAGGUGUAUCUGAAUUAUCGAGCAGAAAGUCCCCAGUCAACCAUCUGCCAGAACAAAAGGUGCUUCUACUAUGUGGUCCACCAGGGCUUGGAAAGACCACACUUGCACAUGUAGCUGCUAAGCAUUGUGGAUACCGUGUUGUCGAGAUAAAUGCAAGUGAUGAUCGUUCAACUUCAAUGAUUGAAUCUAAAAUUCUUGAUGUGGUGCAGAUGAACUCUGUGAUGCCUGACUCCAAGCCAAAGUGUUUGGUAAUUGAUGAAAUUGAUGGAGCACUUGGUGAAGGAAAGGGUGCAGUGGAGGUGAUUCUGAAAAUGUGGGCUGCUGAAAAGAAAUCCAUUGCUGACAAAGGAAAUGCUACUCAGGAAGCUCAACCAGGAAAGGCUUCUUCAAGAAAAGGACGCAAAGCAGUAGCAUUGUCUAGGCCUGUAAUUUGCAUAUGCAAUGACCUCUAUGCCCCAGCUUUGAGGCCAUUGAGACAAGUGGCCAAGGUGCACACAUUUGUUCAGCCAACAGUUAACCGUGUUGUGAACAGGCUUAAAUAUAUCUGCAAAAAAGAAGGAUUCAAGACAAGUACAAUAGCUCUUUCUGCACUGGCUGAAUAUACUGAAUGUGACAUCCGUUCAUGCUUAAACACACUUCAAUUUCUGAAUAAGAAGAAAGAAGCCCUCAACAUUUUGGAGGUUGGUUCCCAAGUAGUAGGUCGGAAGGACAUGUCAAGAAGCGCUUUUGAUGUGUGGAAGGAGAUUUUGCAGAAGAGAAAAUUGAAGUGCGAAAAGAAAUCCAUGAGUGGCUGCAGUGGACAUGGAGAUUUUGACUAUCUGUACUCUCUCAUAUCUAACCGUGGUGAAUAUGAACUGACUGUGGAUGGUAUUUAUGAAAACCUUUUGCAUCUCCCUUAUCAUGAUCCACUGAUGCAAAAGACCGUUAAAUGUCUUGACAUACUGGGUGUUUCUGAUUCAUUACUUCAGUAUGUCAUGCGGACACAGCAGAUGUCACUCCAUGUCCAUCAACCUCCUAUUGCAAUAACUAUUAGCCGCCUGGUAGCACAAGUCGAGAAACCAAACAUUGAAUGGCCAAAGACCUUUCAAAGAUAUCGAGUGAUGCUUAUGGAGAAAAAAGACUUACUGAAGACUUGGCAAAACAAAAUUGUGCCAUCUAUUUCAAGGCAUCUAUCGAUCAAGUCUUUUGUACAAGAUGUUGUUUCUCCAUUCUUACAUAUUUUAACACCACCAAUUUUGAGGCCGGUGGCAUUGCAUUUACAAUCAGAAAAAGAAAAGGAUGAUCUUGCCCAACUAGUAGAUACCAUGGUUUCGUAUUCUGUAACGUAUAAAAACUCAAAACCUGAGCCUUCGCAAAAGGCCCAUAAAUAUGGAGCAGUUCCUGAUGCUUCAGUGCUUUGUUUGGAUCCCUCCAUUGAUGACUUUGUGAAAUUUAAGGAUUAUCAAUCUGAGCAUUGUGGACUCUCUGCAGCCAUGAGGCAGGUCUUGGUUCAUGAGGUUGAUAAGCAGAGAAUUCUGCGAGAGAGCACUGGAAGGUCCAUGAAUCUAACUGAUGAAAGCAGCAGUGUGAAGCAAGCAUCAGCUACCAUAAAUGCUGAAGUGAUUCCAAUGAUAAAUAUGACUGAAUCUUCAUCCGUUGAUGGCAGCAACAAGUUAAAUGCAGCUUUGAUUCAGAGGCAAGAGAUAUCCAAGGAUGCUUCAAAGACAAGUUCAGAAGUCAACAAAAAACUGCCAACUUCUGGUGUGAAUUUAAGAAGUCCAGGAAAUCCAAAAAAAUCUUCUGGUCACCCUUCUGGUUUCUUUGAUAGGUUUAGAAAAGAAGGCAGCAAAGACUCCAUGGUGUCUGGAGAUGCUUUGCAAAAGGCAGCAACUACUGAAAGAGAUGCACGCCCACUACUUUUCAAGUACAAUGAGGGUUUCACCAAUGCAGUGAAAAGACCGGUGAGAAUCCGUGACCUGCUAAUCUAGUGAUGAUUUGCCUUCAGGUGGUCUGGUUCAUGUAAAAAUGCAAGGUUUUACUUGUAAGUGUAAUUUCCUUUUUGUCUAUUAAACUUUUGAUGCACAAAUGGCACUAAUUAGGGGGUGUGAUAUUUCGUGCUCUCAGUUGAUUCCA